AUGAGUAUCGCACCCAAGGCAGAGCAGGACAGAAAUCAGGAGGCGACGGUGUACUUGGGGAAUCUGGACGACCGGGUGUCUGAUGCAUUAAUAUGGGAACUCAUGUUGCAAGCAGGACCAGUCUCAAACGUCUUCCUCCCCAAAGACCGAAUUUCCAUGGCCCACCAAGGUUUCGGGUUCUGCGAGUUCCUCAGCGAACAAGAUUCCGACUACGCCGUGAAAAUCAUGAACCAGAUCAAGCUGUACGGGAAGCCCAUCCGGGUCAAUAAAGCGAGUUAUGAUCGGAAACAGGUGGAAGUGGGGGCGAAUCUGUUUAUCGGGAGUUUGGACGAAGGGGUGGAUGAGGCGCAAUUGUAUGAGACGUUCUCGACCUUUGGACACAUUGCGGAUCAGCCCAAGAUUGCUCGAGAUCCUAGUACGGGCCAGUCCAAGGGGUACGCCUUUGUCUCGUACCACGAGUUUGAAGCUUCCGAUAUGGCCAUCGAAAAUAUGAACGGGCAGUUCUUUGGUGGGAAACAAAUCAGUGUGCAGUAUGCGUUCAAGAAGGAUAGUAAUGGGGAGCGACAUGGAAGUCAGGCUGAAAGAUUAUUGGCGGCGCAAGCAAAGAAACGGUCCAUGUUGCCUGGAUCCGGUAUGGGUAUGGGCAUGGCUGCUCCUGUAUUCCAAGGCCAAUUCGCUGGCGCCCUCGCCCCACCCCCAUCCCGUCCCGCUCUCACCUCGCCAGGCGCACCACCCCCACCUCCCGGCAUGCCAGUCUACCAACCCCCUCCAGGCUCGUAUGGCCAAGCGCCGCCACCCGGGUAUCCACCACAGAUGCAGUACGGCCAGCCCCCGCAGCAGCAGAACGGGUAUGGCGGUGGUGGGUAUGCGGCACCUCCUCCACCAGGAUUCCCAGUGGCGAAUGGCGGUGGGUACCAGCAGCAGGGACCAGGAGGGUAUGGGGCUCCUCCGCCACCUCCGCAGCAGCAGGGAGGGUAUGGGGGGCAGCAGGGUGGAUAUGGGCAGGGCGGGCCAAUGCGGAUGGGGUUUGAGGGGCAAUAG